AUAUAUAGUAUUUAAAUGCAUUUAUCCCAACCAAAACGCCAAUUAAUUAACAAAACAAGCUAUCUAGGUCUAUCUGGACAUGUAUUUCUCUUAUGUCCUUCAUUUCCACAGGUACCACACUUCGGUAAAGCCCUCGUACGCGGCUGUAAAGGUGGUGAAUGCCGUCUUGGCUGGGGGGAUGCUGGAGCCAUCGGGGCCUCAAUCGGGGCCUCAAUUAGCCCAACAGCCUCCUGAACUGAAAGACCACUUCUUUCUCAAGAAUAGCAGCUGAUUGCAUACCGAUUUGGCAUGCCUUAAGAAUCUG